CGUAAAGUAGCAGCAGAAGAAGAAGAAGCGGCUUUGUGACACAAGCUAGCGAUAUCGCCUCGACCAGUAUCUGUCCGGCCCUGAGAGGCAGUAAACAUAGAUACAAUCCCCGUUGAAGACGGUGCCUGUUUUUGAAUUGUGUCGACACAGAAUCCAGGGCAUCGUUGAAGUUAAUGAUUGUGGACGACAAUUUAAAGAAGCUUAUUAUCGAACCAUCAAACCUUUUCAAGCAUUUGGCACGCACGAAGAAACCAGCAAACCCUUUUGGAUUGAGCCAUGUCUCGCAGAAGAAGCCACAGCGCAUCCCCAGGAAGUUUUUCGCGCUCCUGCAGCAGUAAUGACCCUAGAGAUUUGGAGAGACGGAUUUUUGUUGGGAAUUUGCCGACCUCCGACAUGGAAAAGAAGGAUUUGGAAGAACUGUUCAGCACAUAUGGGAAAGUAAUCGGCGUGUCCAUGUUUCGCGGGUUCGGAUUUGUACAAUUUGAACGGGUUGAGGAAGCCGAAGCUGCAAAGGUGGCCCAAAAGGGUCGACUGUAUAAAGGUUAUAAAAUAGAUGUAAAUAUGGCAGUGGAGCGACGGCAACCUAAACCUCAAUCCCAGCAGAGCCCUCCACGAAGGGCCCCGUACAGCAGCUAUGGAGACGGCAAAGAGCCCCGGCCUCGGUCACGCUCACCUGUUUAUGCGCGUGAGCCUCGGGAAAGUCGUGACGGACGAGAAUCUCGGGACAGCCGAGAAGGACGAGAGCCUCGGGAGAGCCGUGAAGUAAGAGACCCAGGGAGGGACCCAGGGAGGGACCCAGGAAGGGACCCAGGGAGGGACCCAGGAAGGGACCCAGGGAGGGACCCAGGAAGGGACCCAGGGAGGGACCCAGGAAGGGACCCAGGAAGGGACCCAGGGAGGGACCCAGGGAGGGAACCAGGAAGGGAACCAGGAAGGGAACCAGGGAGGGAACCAGGGAGGGAACCAGGGAGGGAACCAGGAAGGGACCCAGGGAGGGACCCAGGGAGGGAACCAGGGAGGGACCCAGGGAGGGACCCAGGGAGGGAACUAGGGAGGGAACCAGGGAGGGGCCACUCUCGUGACCAUGAUUACCGGUACCGUACCUCAGAGAGCAGAGACAAGGACCCUCGUGAUCCUGCGUACAGCAGGGAAGAAUAUGACCGACUCUACCGCAGUGGCAGCGGUGCAGAAGAGUUUUACCGGAGGAAGGAAGAACCCUUCAGGGAGCCGUUCAGAGAUCCCUGGAACGGGCGCCGUGAGUCAGAGGCCGCAGCGGUAGAUGAUCGUGCGAGACCAGAAGAGCGUCGGCGUAAUGAAUUGUAUCGACAGUACUACGAGGAACUCCAGCGACGCUACGACACAGACCGCCCGGUCGACUGCUCCGUGAUUGUCGUCAACAAGGCGCAAAAUCGGGAGUAUGCGGAGACGGUCGGGAGGAAAAUCCGUGAUGUGGGCAUGGUGGUGGAUCUGAUCUUCCUCAACACGGAAGUGUCGCUAACACAAGCCCUGGAGGAUGUCGGCCGAGCUCGCACUCCUUUUGCCAUCAUCAUUACCCAGCAGCACCAGGUGCACCGCUCCUGCACUGUCAACAUCCUGUUCGGCACACCGCAAGAGCAUCGAAACAUGCCAAUACAGGACGCCAUGAUGCUGGUUUCCCACAAUUAUGACACCUACAAAGUUGAAAACCGCGAAAAAGAACGCGAGGAGAUUGCCAGAAAGGCUGCCAAGAUGGCGGACGAUGUGUUACUCAGGGAGCCUGACAGAGAGGGCCAUCCCGUCUCUGUGCUCACCUCCAUCACACUGCUGUCUGAGAACAGAUUUGUCACCCCAGAGGAAUUGGACAGUCUCAUUGCCUACCUGAACGACAAAAGAGGACGGCUGCUGCGAAGCACUGCAGACCCUCUUGCAGCUGCAGCUCCAGCCUCAGCCCACCAUGACGUCCCCUCCUCAGCCGCAGGACUGCCCCCCCCACCACAUUCCACCCACAACCCCCCACAGUCCAGCCACCUCGGCCUAUCGGCUGCUUCCAGCGCUGCCCCCAACAGCAGCCACCAGCAGGAGCUGCAGGCCAAGAUCCUCAGCCUGUUCAACAGCGGGCUGACAGCCAGCCAGCCCCCCCCCGCCCCCCAGCCCAAGCCCUACGGCUCGCUCGGCCCUCCCCCCUCCAUGAAUCCAACGCGUCCACCCAUGCCCGGCCCCCCUUCAGCCCAGGGUUACGGCGCCCUGCAGGGCCGCAUGCAGGUCCCCCAGGGUGGCCAAAGACCCCCCACCUCUGCCUCAGGUAUCAAUUUUGACAGCCCGAGCGUACAGAAGGCGCUGGACACCCUCAUUCAGAGCGGUCCGUCUCUCAACCACCUGGUGGGCAGCUCCGCCCCUCAGCAGCCGCCCCCAAGGUCGUCCCCUGGCAUGGGCCAAGCCCCCCCCAUGUCCAUGUACCCCCGACAUUACUGAUGGCCGUAGUGAAUAACAUACCCCCUCUCCCUGUGACACCUCAGACCCCCCACUAACUCUCUGUGCAGUGAAAUAACCGCCUGUGUAAAGGUAGAUCGUACAGUUGAGUGUUUUGUUCAAGCUUUUAAUCUUUUUUUUUUAUUAAUAAUUAUGUGUUCAGUUGAUUUAAGUGACAGCUUGGCGGGAUUAGCUAAUGUUCUGUUUUUUUUAUUAUUAGUCAGAAGAUAAUUGAGUCUUCUUAAAUGUGAGUUAAACUGAGGCAUGUGUAUCAGUUUGUUUUGAUGGACUCCUUUGUUCUUUUCCAACCAUGAUGUGUUUUAUAGUUUUGCACAUAGUGGGUUUUUUUCUAUUUGUAACAAUUUCAUUGUAAAAGAAUGAUUAAAAACUCGAGACACAA